AUGAAAUAUAACGCGUCAAGUACAGCUAAAAGAGCUGCUGGUCUGCGUCCUGAUAAAGGAGUGUCGUCAUCCUGAUGUGGGGAUUUAUUUAGACCAAGCCGGACAAAGCUUGGCUGGCUGGUUAAAUCGUGAUUAAGUAAAAUUCGACGACACUUCUCAUCAUCAGGACGCAGAAAAACGAGCGCGCGAUCUACAAUCAACAAAGUAAUAAGAACAGUCCAAAAUGGAUAAUCAAACCGGGUUGGCCUCUUUCUGAGUUCGGUACUCGACAAAAUGUCGUACCCGAACCAAAUAUUGUCACCUGGUCAAGACAACUCGAAAGGCAUAGAAGUCGGAGUUCUACACAAAUUGCUAAUGAAAGGGUGUUACAUAACAGGCCAGGAUGACAACCAAACCAACAUUCAGGGCAAGGAUAAUACAAAAGGAACUACUUCCAAUGAUAAUGUAGGGAAAUCGCAAACGAUAAAUAUCUUUAUCAAAACCUUGACAGGGAAAAUUAUUCAAUAUUUCAUUAGUACCUCAGCCAAAGUUGAGGAUUUAAAGGACAUGAUCCGUUCAAAGGAAGGCAUUCCAGUAGACCAACAACGCUUGAUUUAUGCCAGUAGACUGCUGGAAGAUAUAAAAACUUUGGAAUAUUACAGGAUUGGUAACGAAAGCACUAUACACAUUGUACUGAGAAUGAGAGGAGGCACAAGUUUUUUCGAUUUACCACCUUCAUUGUUGGAUGAGCCAUUUCACUACAAUUUCACCAAGAUUUCUGAUAGAGGAGUCAAGUUCUGUAGAGGAGGAUUAAUCUACAUCCGCCCGUGCGGAUGGCAACGCUACGCAAUCAAAGUCAAAGGCAAGUUCCCGGACGAUAUUUGGCUGCAAGGUAAAACAUCUCGGGCUGACCAAUACUCUUCCGCUGAAGACGAAUGGCCAGUGUCCUACCACGGAACAUCUUUGAACAACGGUCUCUCAAUCGCAGAGGAAGGAUUUAAAUUGAGUAAAGGAACGCGUUUCUUGCACGGCAAAGGAAUUUACUCGACCCCCGAUAUUGAGGUGGCGGCCCAUUACGCUGUAAAAGUAAAGGUGAAUGGAAAGACCUAUAAAGUUGUCAUGCAAAAUCGUGUCAACCCCAAAAAUUUGAAAAAAGUUGGCAAAGAUGUGACGAAAGUAGGCGAAUAUUGGAUCUCGCCCACCAACGAAGACAUUCGCCCUUACGGCUUCUGCGUAAAAGAAAUUUGAUUUUUGUUUGCAUCUUCAAACAUUGAAGCCAAUAAAAAUUCUUUAAACAGAACCAAUGAACGUGCAAUAAUUUUAUUUGGGCUGCAGUGAUAACGAAUGGCCGUUUA